AUGGCUUCCUCCUAUUCAUAUCCUGAAUUAUUUUUGGCGGGUUUUAUAUUUACCUUGCCCUUUCUUUACGAAAAAAGCAAUGUUUUUCGAUAUUACUUGAAAUUCUUAUUAUAUUACACAUACGUAUUGAUUACUUGUACAGUUCUAUUACCAGUAGUGCUACUAUACCCUCGCGAUGUAACGAAUUUAAUAGUUGCUUCAAGAUUUUGUCGCUACGCUUCUCAUAUAGUCGGUGUAGAGUGGGAAUUAAGAGGCUUGGAGCAUUGGGAUACAGAUGAAUGCUGCAUAGUCAUAUCAAAUCAUCAAAGCUCGCUUGAUAUUCUUGGUAUGUUUGAGAUGUGGCCAAGGAUGAAGCGCUGUACCGUUGUUGCUAAGAGACCUUUAAUGUUUGCUGGUGCCUUUGGUUUCGGAGCCUGGUUGUCGGGUUUAGUAUUUAUUGACCGACUAAAGACUGAUAGAGCUCGAAAAUUAAUGAAAAAAGCUACAGAUCGUGUAAUUAGAGAAAAGACUAAAUUAUGGGUGUUUCCUGAGGGAGCAAGAUACAAUAAGGGUUCAAUACAACCUUUUAAAAAAGGAGCUUUUUAUUCAGCUAUAGAUGCUCAAAUACCGGUCAUGCCUGUUGUAUUUAGCCAAUAUUACUUUUUAGACAGCGGUACCAAAACAUUUGAACCAGGAAAAGUAGUGAUAACAACUCUGCCUCCAAUACCUACGAAAGGCUUAACUCGAGACGACCUUGAAUUUCUCUCAGAGAAAGCAAGGCAACAAAUGAUUGAAGUUUUUAAUGAGAGCUCUAAAUAUCUUGUUGGAGAAAAGAAAAUAGCAGUUUAACCAUUUAAUGCAUAUCUGCUUCUUCUUAUAUUUAUUGAUAUCAAUUUUUAUUUUUUAUUGAAUCGUUUGUUUUCUAUAUUAUAAGAUCUAGUCAAUCAAUCUUUUCAGGUUUAUUUUUAGUGAAAUCAUACAUAAUAAAUUCCGCACUGUAAUGAUAACUAAUUCUUGUGGAUAUAUAAAAUCAUGAGCAGCUUUAAUGCAUAGAAAAUGGUAUAUACCUUUAUAUAGAAAUAAAUCUAAAGAUGUAUGUAAUAAAAUCGCAACUAAAUAAAACUAAGUACAUUAUUCAACAAAAAAUACUUGUAGUUUGUACAAACAAUACCGAAUGAAAUAUUUAGGUAGGUACUUACUUUAUAAGACCUUCGUCUGUAAACCUACUGAAUAGAUUUAAUUCUGAUUAACUAGAGGUAGGGACAACACAUGGGCUCCAUAUUAUAACGCUAUAUCGUCAUUAUCAGGCAUAUUUUCGACAUAUAUGGACGACGUUGCGGGCAGCAGCUAAUGAAUAAUUUGACAUUUAAGGCCGGACCGCAUUAGAGAGAGAGCGGCGCUGCGCGGCGCGUCGCUUCACGUCGCUCGACGUUACCUUGUGUGUAGAAGAACGAAUUAUGGGCGAGAAAAAAUAGAUUACUGACGUACCACAGUCACGCUAUUGAGAAGGCGAAUAUCACAAUUUGUUUCCUCGCCACUUUCGCUCAUCUUGUAACGCUGCUAGCACGUGAACUGGUAUAGAAAUGACGCGAGCUGCCGCUUAAUUGCAGUUGUAAUGCAGACCGCUCUCAUGCGGUCCGGCCUUUAUCGUUUAUCAAGAAAAAUGGAGUACUAACCAACAUUGCGUGAUUUUUUUCCCACAGUCCUGAAGGGCGUUGGUUAUUGUAAGUGCUUAAAUUGAAAAAAUGUUUUUAAAAAUAUUCUUGUUGGUUGUCCACACAUCAAAAAUGUCUAAGCAACAUGUACUAAUUUAAAUUUUAGGAUGGUGUUGUCGAGUGGUUUUUCACAUUAUAACGUUGUAUUUUAUUUUUAAAAUAAUAUUUUAAGGGUCCUAUGAUGUAAAAAUAAUAGUUGUUGUCUUUAUAAGUUCUUUUAAUAACAUAAAUUAACAAUAUUAGAAUAUACUGCAGAAACUAAGGUACAUAAGGUAUAUACAAUUUUUUUAACGAAAUGAAAUUUCUAAAGAAAAUGAAUUUGUGAAAGAAUAGGAUAAUUUGUAACAAAGUAUGGCCUCCUCUGCUAUUCAGAACUUGUCGGCAACGAUUAUUCAUUUAAUUAAUUAGACUGUUUAUGUCAUCUUGCGGUAUUCGCUCCCAAUGGAAUUGUAGCAAAUCCUUCAGCUGUUGGGUUGUUGUCACUGCGUCCAAGUCCUUCAAAACACGUCUCUGGAGCAUGUCCCAUUGGUGCUCGAUGGGGUUGAGGUCUGGCGAUUGUGCAGGCCAGGGCAAUACCCGGACGUUCUCCGUUGCCAAGUAUUGACUGGUUCGCCGAGCUGUAUGUGAACGCGCAUUGUCAUGUAUUAACGUAAAAUCGGAGCCAAAGGUUUGUGUAAAUGGAUGGACAUAAGGUCUGAGAAUAUCCUCAACGUAAUUUUCAGCGUUCAUGUUUCCAUUUACAAAAACGAGCUCAGUUCGCUUCAUCUCAACUCAUCGGAAAACAUAAAUUUUAUCCCAUUGUUCCUGAUUCCAUGUUAUGCGUUCUCUACACCAUUCAUUUCGACGAGCGCGAUUCCCGUGACGUAUCGGAAGCCACCUAAUUGGGCGUCGAGCUCGUAGGCCGUACUCAUGCAGUCGAGUUCGCAGUUUAGGGACUUACAUCAACACCACUUGAAUUUUGUAGCCUCAAACUUAUCUCACGAGCGGUUAACAUCGGCUGGCGUCUUGCAGUCAUUUGUAUGCACCGGUCCUGCCGAGAGGCUGUACUCCUUUUACGACCUGAAUGCUGUUCAGCGGGUUCCCUUGUAUUAUUGUAGCGCUGCCAAAGACGACAAAUAACACUUUUAUGAAUGCCAAAAUGCCGAGAUACCUGAAAUUGAUUAAUUCCCGCUUGCAACAUCCCUACAGCUCUUUGCAUUUAAUCUAACAAUUCAAUUUUGUCGCUUACUGUAUUUAAAUGGUUGGUAAAAUUAUAAAAUCAAGACUAAACGUAGCAAUAAAAACGCACUGAAAUUCCAUUUCAUUUAAUUUUAUGAAAAAAAAAAAAAACAAAACAAUCGAAUUUUUUUACAACCAGUAACAACAAAAAAGUUUACAUACCUAUGCACUUUGAGUGAAUAAAGACUUAGAAAUUAAUUAAUAUAAAUGGUAAAUUUGUAAUAUCAUGCAUGUUGCUUAGACUUCUUUGAUGUGUGUAUUUCGGAUAAAAAUCUACUAUCGUUUGCCAGAAUUUGGAAGUAAAAGGUAUUGAAGCUGGUAGGGGUUGGGUCCCUGAUUAUACCGCUACCAGUCUGAUAUGCAAAAGGUAAUGCAGAAAUUGUAAAAAAUGUUUCUACAUCAAAUCACUUUACAGUUAUAAUAUAUGCUGCAAAGGUUGUAAAUAUAUAGUGAAUUUUGACUUAUUUCCAUACUAGAAUACGCAUACGCUUUUCGUUUAAUUAUUAGUACAUAUAGCAAUAAACAAGGACUGUUUUAUACUAAUUUCAAGUAAAUUAUAAGAAAACAUACAGUAGGUAAUAAUAAUAAUGAAAGUUCUUAGAUCAUUUAUGCGUCUAGACAGACUAUGACAGCUGUGAAAACGUCGAUAAAACCACAAAAUAGCGGCGAUUUAAAAUUUUGAACUACCUACAAAUGUUUCUCAUUUUAUUUUUAAGCAGUUGUUUUAUUAAUUUCUACAAAAGUUUAUAUUAGCAAAGCAAUUUUUUAUUACACUUAGCUCAUAAGAAUUGGUAGAUAUUUUUGUUAUUUUGUUGUAAAUUUACACUUAAAGAUUGUAUUUAUUAUUGUCGACUAUACGAAGCAAGUGUAAGAGCACAUGUUCAAAUUCGACACGCACUCAGUUAUAUAUUUAUUAUUAUAUUAUCAAUAUUUGUUAUUCAUAUAAAAAUAUUAUAUAUUAUGUGAAAUUUGUUAUGUAAAUACGGCUGUGACUAUGUAAAUAUCAUGCAAAUUCGUUAAAAAAGAUUUCAUUGCUGUGUCUUCAUUAGGCUAGAUAAGGGUAAUUUUAUGAGAGGGUAGGUAGCUUGCAGCAACUUAAAGAUGGCAUAAUAGUGCCACUUGACUAUUUUGACCAACAUAAUAAAUACUAAGAUUUACGUUUGAUGCGUCACUCGGACGGAAUCCGAGAAGCGUGGGGUCGAGUCGCGCUUUGGUUAUUAAUUUUGGUUACACUUUAAAAUAACAAAUUGUUUAGAUUUGAAAGAGCGAUAUCUCAAGUUAGUUUCCUAAUAUGCAAUUACAAAACAUUCCUGUAGGUAUGUCUUGUUCAGAGAUUUAUGUUCGAUGCGCUACUCGGACGGUUAGCUUAGAUGGUAAGAGCGCUCGGACGGUACCAGAGAAGCGCGGGCUAACCCUAACGUCCCGCAUCGACCAUACAUUUUGGUUACAAAUUUUAUUUGUAUAAGCAGUCGAAUUCUCAUAUAGUUUAUAAAUACAGAUCUUAUUCCAACUGACUAUAUACUGAUCUAAUUAUUUAGUCUGCAUGUAUUUUUUCUUACUACCGGCAUAUUUAUCGAUAUAUGGCACCUCGCACCUCACAUGGCCAGCAUAAAGGUAGAGACAAACUAAAUGAAAAGAUGCAAUAUUGUAAUAAUAGAGAAUAAUUAUUGUCGAUAGGAAUAAAUUAUACUUAGGCCAAAAUAACAGGCGAAAUAAAAGUAGAUAUUAUUAAUUAAAAUUGAUUUUA